UCCCGGCCCGAAUCAUAACAAUUAGUUUUGCUUGAUUUUAGUUUGCUGGACGCUCGUCCUCCUAUUCCACGGUCUCGCUGUUUUUUUUUGCGAGAACGAUCAGCUGUCGAGGUCGCGAGGAUCUUCGUCGAACCGGGGAGGUGCGGCGAGAUUGAAAAGUCGGUUUUUUCCCGGCAAGUGCGAGACGUAACUCCUCCCGCGAAUGAUGAAUAUAGCGUUCGACGCGCUCUUAUUUUCGUGCACCUAAGCCGAGUGCAGUUGUCGAGCUAUCGUGUGUAGCGAUUUGAGCGAUUCGCCAGCGUAAAACGAUGCACUCGUAAGCGGAGUCAAGUUACGAGAAGCGCGCGACGUUGCUGUCUCAGGAGACGGUGUGAGUCGGAUCAGAUUCACAGGCUGGUGCGAAAGAAGGUGCGCGAGUGACCGAUUGACCAGACGGGACGACGCGACGGCGACGUUAGUUCAUUCACAGUGUUUUCGCAGUGAGAAAAAGAUGUCAACUCGUAGAUGAUAAUCGCACCGUUAUCUUGAGCGAAUUACACGAAGAUGGCGUCUUCAGAAAUUGACGAUUUAUUGGCCGGACCGCUGGUCACUUGGGUCGUCAGCUGCCUGGAAGAUUCUGAUGCAUUGGCUAAUUAUGAGGACUUGGUGGAUGGUGUCUUGUUGCACAAUGUCUUCCUGCAAAUCAAUCCAGAACCGCUUCAUGAUGAAGUUGUGCCUUCUGAUGGCAAUCCUGUUAUUCGUACAAAAAACUUGAAGACUAUAGUACAAAAUAUAAAACAAUUCUAUGAAGAGGAGAUGGACAAUCUGAUUAUAAAGUUACCAGAUACCACAAAUUUAGGAAAGGAACCUGAAUUAUACAUAGCAGAUAUGAAGUUAUUGCUACUAUUAUUGCUCGGAUGCGCCGUUCAGUGUCCGAAUCAGGAGAAGUUUAUCAGCAAGAUAAAAACGUUACAUCUGGAUACUCAGCUUGCGAUAGUGGACUGUAUUAAACAGAUUACAGACCACCAAGACAUAGUCAUUACACAAGAUGCUAUGGCAAGUGCAAACAUGGGUUAUCUGUUUGUACAGAUAAAAAAAUGGACUCAGGAAUUGGAUUUCUAUCGGGAGAAAUGGAGAGAAGCAGCGUUGGAUGAUAGUGUCGAACGUAACGAGUCUUCGAGUAGUGCAUCCGAAGAAAUAAUCAAGGUGCAACAAUCUCAUCCUGUAACAAAAGCCGAAAGAGAAGAUAACUAUCAUUAUGCGGUUGAAUUGGCCGACUGGAAGUCUAAAGUCCGGAAACAACGUCAGGAGUUAGAAGAGAAAACGGAGGCUUUGCUCGAGUGUAAGGAGGAGCUGGAACAUAAUAAAACAUUACUUGUUAAACUGAGGCAGGAGAAUCAAGAAUUGAUGCACGAAGCUCGCGCUGCGAAGUCCUACAGGGACGAAUUGGAUGCCGUGAUCGAAAGAGCAGAACGAGCGGAUCGUUUAGAGAUAGAAGUUUCACGAUACAGAGAAAAACUUACUGAUAUCGAAUUUUAUAAAACUCGGAUAGAAGAGUUACGCGAGGAUAAUAGGGUUCUAAUGGAGACCAGAGAGAUGCUUGAAGAACAAUUAAGUUCGUCGAGGAGCAGAGCGGAUAAAGUAUUGGAGCUUGAGUCUGAAAUCAUCAAGUACAAACAGUUACUUAACGACAUGGCAUUGGAACGUGCUGCCGAUAAAGAAAAGUAUCAAGAGCUCGUCGAGGAGAAUACGCAACUGCAUCAAAUAACGAAAGCAGCUGCCAAUGAGGCUGCAUUGGCUGGAUCCAGUGAUUCAGAAGAACCAGUACCCGACGAAAACAGACUGUCCGAGCAAUUGACGAGUAAUGCCGAAAGGAGAGCGUUAAAAUUAGAAUUGGAAAAUCGUCGUUUAAGUACCCUGAUCGAUUCGAUGAAAGAGACUUCAUUUCACGAGAAUUCGACUCACGUUCUGGAAUUGGAAAAAGAGAAGAAGAAGCUUUCGUUGAAAAUUGAGUCAUUGAACGAUAAUAACGAGAGACUAACGCAACAAAACUCCGACUUGGAAUUGGUUUGCAAGCAAGCGUUGGAAGAAAAUAAGAAACUUCAGAAUAAUCUUAAGAAUCAGCGUACUUCCUCCGAGAAGCAACAACACGAACUUCAAAUUCAUCACACGAAAAUAAUAGAGAUGGAAAAGAGUUACGACACCGCGGUGAAAGAGAAACAACGAGUUCAGUUAUUACUGGAGAGUGUACGACGACGUGCUGAUGACUUGGAACGUACUCUGGAGACGACGAGUCAAAAGGUUGAGGAAUUGAAAGUCAUCGAGAACAAUGUCAAUGAGAUUAACUCUAAGUGUCUUGAUCUCGAAUCGAGACUAACGGUGACGGAAAAAGAGAAAGAUGCCGCACAACGGGAUAUUUACAAAUGCAGAGAAACGAUUGAGGAGAAAGAUGUUGCUUUAGACAAAGCAACAAACACGAUUGAAGUCUUGGAGAGGAAAGUAUUACAACUUGAACAAGAGCUGCAAGAUUGCGUUACGCAGAUAUCCAGAUUGCAAGAAAUCGAGCGAAGCAGCAAAGAACUCGAUACCCGAGCUGCUAUUGAUAGAGAAACUUUAGAAAUACUUCAGUCCAAUCUCGUCGCGGAGAAACGAAACAAUCAACAAUUAUGUACGAUUUUAGAAAAACUCGGCCUUAGUGACAACAUACUGUUAACUUUACCACCAGAGACCAUAUUGGAAAGAAUUGCGCAACUACCGGAAAUAAUAGAUUACGUGAAGAAAUUAUCUCUCGCAGAGGACAGCUGCAACGAAAAAGCCGUGUCUGAGUCCACUGAAAAGGAGAAUAGCGAUGAAUUAAAUAAAACCUUGGAAGCUAUAAUAGAACCUUUAAAGCGCGAAGUGGAACAACUACAGAUGAAGUCAUCCAUGUCUCAAACGGCCUCGGAACAUUUGUUGUCUGAGAAUGCGAAACUUCAGGUUCACAUUACAACGUUACAGUCGCAAACUAAUUCCUUAAACGCGCAACACACCGCUCUACAAUUGGCGAAUUCGCAACUUGUCGCUGAAAAAGAAGAGCUUUUGAAGGAACGCAACACGCAGCAGCAGGUGCAUUCUGCGCUACUUCGUGAUCAAAGCACCAUGCAAUCGUUGCACGAGCAACUGAACAACGAGUACGAGAUUCUGCGCCGCGAGCGAGACUCCCUCAAGUCGAAUUUAAGAGACGCAAGGAACGAGAACAGAACGUUGCGCGAGAAUGUCGAGCGACUGGAGACGAAAAGCGAAGCGUUGCAGUCUGAACGGGAGGCUUUUGUUAACAACACGAGAAGUUUGAACAAUCUCCGAGGAGAACACUCAAAGUUGAAGGAUGAUUUCAGAAAUCUGUACACCGCGGGCGAAAGAUUGAAGGCAGAAUACAGAAACUUGCAGGAAGAUUAUAGAAAGAAUAAAGUCGAGGUAAAUCGCUUGAGCCUGAAGCAGACCGAGAUGCAGGGAGAGCUCAGUAUCAAGAGCGAACGGUGCUCAGACUUGGAGGCCGAAGUUAAUCAUCUCAACGAACGAUGUGAGAUGUUAUUAGAGAUGAACUCUGGGUUGGAUAACGACAGGCGUUCCUUAAUGGAGCACAUAAGUGUACUGUUUACACAAUAUCAUGAACUUUUGACGCAUUCGCUUCAGGAUAAGGAACAUUAUCACAUGGAAGAAAAAAUGUUCACGGAUAAAGUUAAUCAACUGUAUAGGCAGAAAGAGAAGUUGGAAGAUAAAAUUAUGGAGCACUACAGGAAACUGAACAGCUGCACUACCAAAAAGAAGAGUUUCGGAGCUAAUUUAGUUCGCAGAGUCAGGAAAGCUGGGUCGGAGCUUCUCAAUAAGAAUCGACGCUCGUGGGCCGAAGAUUCCAAGCAGUCGGACUGUAAGACAUACGAAUCGGAUACAGCCGGGAACGACUCGGAUGCGAGUACCGACGAUUACCGUUUACCUGGUCCGAGCAGAAUGCUCGAGUCAGACGCGCUCGGACAGGCCGGGACCAGAAGAACCGUAUACUACACUGACGAUUCUCCGCCGUCGUCCGCUUCUUUGCCGGCGGACAGACUGCUGGGUGAAUCUUACCCGGAGCAAGGAGACGACGCGCAGAUAGAGCCGAAUUUAAAAUCGGAAACGCAGGUUGAGUCGCGUCCCUUUCUAAUCUAUAACAAAGUGUCGGCAGUCAUAAACGAGUCCAAGAACGUAGCUGGGACCCCGAUGAAAGACACAGCGCAAGAUGAAGCGCUCACGGAACCGCCCGCCGACAAAGAGCCAAAGACUGGAAGUCCGAUAUGGUACGAAUACGGUUGUGUAUGAACAAACUCCCUCACACUGCCCACACGAUGCUUCCAUUAGAAUAUCCGAGAAAAAAAUAAUAAGGCGUCUCUUUAUACACACACACAUAUAUUCUCGUGAUAUCGAAUGUAACGCUAAAUCAAGAUUGCUAGGGAUGCGCGGUUUGCGUAUGUUUGGUUGUAAUACGAUUGUUUACAAAUAUCCGAACAUUUCUCGAAGCCCGUGACGCUUCGUUAGUCGUCUCUAAUCGCUCGAAAUCCUUCCGCAAUUAUUUGCUUUCGUUCCACACAUCGUCGAUGCUUCCCAGCUUUCGUUUUUAUUUAUAGUUGUUAAUAAUCGAAGGUUAUUAUGGAUAGAUCAUUGUCGAGCCAUUCAAAUUCGUUUUUCAAGAAUCUCUAUUUUGGGAUUCUGUGUUUUGUCGGAGUCAGAAAUUGACGUUUCUAGAUGUAAAGAGCGUCUUAAAAUCGUGACUUGGAAAACUCGCGGAUAUCCGCACUUCCCUAUCAGUCGCAUUUUCUGCGAAUCGCACUCUGCAAACAAACGAAAAGAGAGAUUAACAUAACGUGAAUACAUGUUUGUUCAAGAGAGAUCGGUGAAAACGCGCGAGAAAGUAUUACAUAUACUAAAGAUUUUACCAUUACUCGUAAAUGAACCCACGCGCGUGAUUGGACGUAACGCUCCCAAAAUUACAAAGUAGAUUUAAGAAUAGAGCGCCUACGAGUUCCUAGAAAGCUUUUGUGCUAAAAAUCGAUGCUAAAUAAUCGUAACAUGAGUCGAGUUGGCGUCUGUUAUUGACGAUUUGCGUAAUUCAAGAAUUAUUCGUCUGAUGUGUUCUUUUUUUUAUUAUAUUUUAUGUUUCAA